AGGCGGCUGGGGGGGCCGGGCAGCUCCGGCGGGGCGGAGCGGUGCGCGGCCAUUCCCCGGGGAUGUGCGCGGCUCCAUCGUGUUUCAGGUGCAAUGGCAGAUCCCAUCCGCUGGGCCCGGUACCGCUGGCAGCGACUGAUAUCAACAGAGGGCAGAGAAUGCAGCAGCAACAAUUCAAGUAGCAAGUGCUAUCAAUCACCAAAAACUACUGGCAAACACAGGAUAGUGAUACCCUGUUUGGGACAUUUUAAAGAAGAGUAUGAAAAAGUAUCAAAACUGUACAUGAACAACAAAAUACGGACUACUAGGUAUACUUUAUUGAAUUUUUUACCACGGAAUUUAUAUGAACAAUUUCACAGAGUUGCCAAUUUGUAUUUCCUAUUUCUAGUUGUCCUAAAUUGGGUUCCUGUGGUUGAAGCUUUCCAAAAAGAAAUUACAAUGCUACCUCUGAUAGGGGUUCUGACAAUUAUUGCAGUUAAGGAUGGUCUGGAAGAUUACUCAAGGUACAAAAUGGAUAAACAGAUAAACAACUUAGUAACCAAAGUAUAUAGCAGGAAAGAGAAGAAGUACAUAGAUGAGUGCUGGAAAAAUGUCAGCGUUGGGGACUUUGUCCGGCUUUCCCGUAAUGAAAUCAUUCCUGCUGACAUGGUGCUCUUAUAUUCGAGUGACCCGGAUGGGAUCUGUUACAUUGAAACUGCAGGCCUCGAUGGAGAAACUAAUCUAAAGCAGAGGCAGGUGGUGAGAGGAUAUUCAGAGCAGGUCUCUGAAAUUGAUCCAGAAGAAUUUUCCAGUAGAAUAGAGUGUGAAAGUCCUAGCAAUGACCUCAGUCGUUUCCGAGGCUUUGUUGAGCAUUCAAACAUGGAUCGAGUGGGUCUCAGCAAGGAAAACUUACUGCUCCGAGGAUGCACAGUGAGAAACACAGAAGCUGUGGUAGGCAUAGUGGUAUAUGCAGGUCAUGAAACCAAAGCUAUGCUGAAUAACAGUGGCCCUCAUUACAAGCGCAGUAAAUUGGAAAGAAAAGUGAACACUGAUAUCCUUUGGUGUGUUCUGCUUCUACUUUUGAUGUGUUUAACUGGUGCAAUAGGUCAUGGAAUUUGGUUAAGUAGGUAUUCAGAAACACCUUUUUUUAACAUCCCUGGGCCAGAUGGGAAAUUGAGUCCUCCAGCAUUAGCAGGCUUCUAUAUGUUCUGGACGAUGAUAAUUCUAUUGCAGGUCUUGAUCCCUGUUUCUCUCUAUGUUUCAAUUGAAAUUGUCAAAUUGGGACAAAUUUAUUUAAUACAGAAUGACAUUGACUUUUACCAUGAGAAAACAGACUCAACUAUUCAGUGUCGAGCACUAAAUAUUGCUGAAGACCUUGGCCAGAUUCAGUAUAUUUUCUCUGACAAGACUGGAACCCUCACUGAAAAUAAGAUGGUUUUUCGGAGAUGCACCAUUGCAGGACAGGAGUAUUGCCAUGAGGAAAAUGCAAAGAGGUUGGAAGCCUAUCAAGAGAUGGAUUCAGAGGAUGAGGAUCCAGCUGAUUGUCAGUGUGGUUCUUCAACCCCUACAUCAAAAUGUCAGGGGCACAACAACAGAGCUGUGUGUGAACCUUUGAACAGAAAGCCUUUGAAUCAGUUGUCUGGUAGUUACUCUGCAUUCAAAAGGCAAGAUGAAGCAGGUGAUAUUCCCCACUCAGGACACAUGGCUUUCAGCAGUCCCAUUGAAACAGAUGUUGUACCAGACAAACAGCUACUGGAGAAGUUCAGUCAAAUUUCUUAUCAACAGUCAGAAGAAACUAGCAGCAAGUUAUCUUUGGAGACAAUGUAUAUCACUGACUUCUUUCUUGCUCUGGCAAUCUGUAAUACUGUUGUAGUUUCAGGCCCCAAUCAGCCACGUCAGAAGAUGAGACUCUCUUCACUGAGUAGGAUGCCUAUUAAAUCACUUGAGGAAAUCAGGCAAAUGUUCCAGAGGUUUUCAGUCCGGAGACUAAGUUCUUCCCCACUUCCAAGUGUAAAGGAGUCAUCAUCAGUAAGCCCCAAUAGUUUUGUGAGAAAGCUCUCUAUUUUUAGGAUGAAACUGGCUUCAUCUAAUCUGGAUGGAGCUGCACAAAGGGUUUCUGAGCCUCAGAAUACUGACAGCCCAGAAGAUUCUCAAGUGCCUGGAGAACUACAUCUAGUGAAUGUAGCUGCUGGUGGUGAACCCAGCCAUGCUGUGUCUUCUGUUGAAUUAUCUCCCAUACCAAAACCAUGUUAUGAAGCUGAGAGUCCAGAUGAAGCUGCCUUGGUUCAUGCUGCUAGGGCUUAUAAAUGUGUUUUACAGUCUAGGACUCCAGACCGAGUAACUGUGGACUUUGCAGGUCUGGGGUCUUUAACGUUUCAGCUUCUGCAUAUCCUGCCUUUUGAUUCACUGAGGAAAAGGAUGUCAGUGGUGGUUCGGCAUCCAGUCUCCAACAAAGUGAUAGUGUACACAAAAGGUGCAGACUCAGUCAUGAUGGAUUUGCUGAGAACUGCAUCUGAAGUACAUACUAAUAAUUCUGAAAUUGAGGAGAAGAUUAAAGAGAGAACUCAGCAGCAUUUGGAUGACUAUGCCAGAAGAGGACUGCGCACUCUGUGUAUUGCUAAGAAGGUGAUGAGUGAUGCAGAGUAUGCAGAGUGGUUAAAUCAUCGUUUUGUAGCAGAAACCAGCAUUGACAAUAGGGAGGACCUGCUGCUUGAAUCUGCCAUGAGGCUUGAGACCAAACUAACCUUGCUUGGUGCCACUGGCAUUGAAGAUCGCCUGCAGGAGGGUGUUCCAGAUACAAUACAGGCAUUACGGAAAGCUGGAAUAAAAAUAUGGAUGUUGACAGGUGACAAGAGAGAGACAGCUGUCAACAUUGCCUAUGCUUGUAAACUGCUGGAACCAGAGGACAGAAUCUUCACUCUUAAAUCACAGAGUAGGGAUGCCUGUGCCUUGGUAAUGAGCAAAAUUUUAGAAGGCAUCCAGAAGAAUGCUUCUAUCAAAGAAAAAAAUAGUGAGAAACUUGGAAAUGUCUCUGCAAGUCCCUCUGCCCAAGCUCGAGGGUUCAAUGCGGGCCUGGUUAUUGAUGGAAGGACUUUAGAACAUGUGCUUCAUGACAGCCUACAGAAUAUUUUCUUGGAACUCACAGAAGAAUGCCGGGCUGUAGUCUGUUGCCAAGCCACACCACUGCAGAAGAGUGUCCUGGUCAAACUGGUGCGAAGUAAGCUAAAGGCAAUGACAUUAGCUGUAGGUGAUGGUGCCAAUGAUGUCAGUAUGAUCCAGGUGGCUGACACUGGUGUGGGAAUAUCUGGCCAGGAAGGCAUGCAGGCUGUGAUGGCAAGUGACUUUGCAAUCUCUCAGUUUAGACACCUCAGGAAGCUGCUGCUUGUCCAUGGUCACUGGUGCUAUACCAGACUUACCAACAUGGUACUUUACUUCUUCUACAAGAAUGUGACCUAUGUGAACCUCCUGUUUUGGUACCAAUUUUUCUGCGGGUUUUCAGGCACAUCAAUGACUGACUACUGGAUCUUGAUUCUCUUCAAUCUCCUUUUUACAUCGGUGCCACCCAUCAUUUAUGGUGUCUUGGACAAAGAUGUAUCUGCAGAGAUACUCAUGGAACUCCCACAGCUUUACACAACGAGCCAGAAAUCUGUGGCUUACUUGCCUUCAGCUUUCUGGAUAACCUUGCUGGAUGCUUUUUACCAAAGUCUCGUUUGCUUUUUUGUGCCUUACUUUACUUACUGUGGCUCAGACAUAGACAUUUUUUCUUUUGGAAACCCCAUAAACACAUCAGCACUCUUCAUAAUGCUGUUUCACCUUCUCAUUGAGUGCAAGUCUGUGACGUGGAUACAUGCAGUAGUUAUAGUUGGCAGCAUCCUGUUUUACUUUGUGUUCUCUCUGGCUGUUGGAGCAACCUGCAAAACCCACAACCCACGAUCAGAUUUUUACUGGAUCAUGGAACAGCACAUGACAGACCCAGUAUUUUACUUAGUUUGCCUCCUGACUACUUGCAUUGCUCUGCUACCCAGAUAUUUGAUAAGAGUUCUCCAAGGAACAUUGUUUCCAUCUCCGGUGUUGAGAGCCAAGUACCUUGUCAGACUGUCCCCCGAGGAGCAGAGGAAAGCAAUUAAGAGAUGGAAAGAUGAGUGCAAUGUGAAUGAUAGAGUGGAGCUCCAACCUACUUCUGUGCCUUCCAGCUCAGCUGCAGGUGCUGUAUUGGAGGAAGAAACCACUGACAGUGCUUUGCCAGCAUCUAAAACACCUUUUCAGUCCUGUUCAAGAGAUGGCUUAGUAAAGAACACCUCCUUCUUACCAGACAUUCAUGAGUCUGGGAGUACAAGUGGCUUGAACUCUGUAAAGACUGAAUUUAUCAAAGGAAACUAA